CUUAGUGUCUGACCAUAACUGAAUAAGACGACGGCCCCUGUACAUGUGUCUGGUGGAGGAAAGAACAAGGCACAUCACAAUGCUCUGGUGGUCCACCUCCACCUUCAUCCUGAUCCUUCUGCUGCAGGGAUGCUGGAGCCAGGGAUGGAAGGUGUUCAGAAACGAUGCUACGGAAAUCAUCCCAGAAGACAGCGAAGACCAGAAGGUACCGUUCGAAGAGCCACAGUUGUCAAAUAACACUAUGAACCGUCCAGGGCACGUGAGGAGGAGAGUGCAGGAGACACCCUUGUUGGAUGCAUCUGAGCUGAGCUGUCAGGAGCUGCGCUCCACUCGGUACAUUACAGACGGCUCAUGCCGCAGCACCAAGCCAGUGAAGGAACUGAUGUGUUCAGGCCAGUGUGUGACCUCACACCUGCUCCCAAACUCCAUACUGCGAGCCAAAUGGUGGAAGACCAGCACCUCUGACUACCGCUGCGUCCCAGCACACAUACGCACCCAGCGAGUGCAGCUGCACUGCCCACAUGGCCACCGGCGCACAUACAAGGUCCGUGCAGUCACCUCCUGCAAGUGCAAGCGCUACAGCAACCUCCACAACCAGUCUGAGGCCAAGGAUAUCCCUGCUGGCUUAAGGCCCCGCCGCAACAAGAAGCGUACCCUACUCCUUCCGCAAGGCAGAGGCAGCAACCGUAGGAUGACAGGCAAUGCCUACUAAUGCUGCAUCCCUUUUUGUGCACAAUCAUACAUGGGCAUGUAGACACACGUAUGUACCACAUGCACAACACUUCUCAGCAGACAGAGACAGGCUAGGGGUGCAUGACCUAAAAAGAAAAAUUAAAUGUACUUUGAACUUCCAGGUUGUGCAUAUUUCCCUCAAAUUGCACCAAAAAUCUAACAAUUGAUCACUGCAUUCUGCUUCUGACUGUAUGAACUCUUUAGCUGUUAUACCCCAAAGAAAAGAAGGAUGUGACUUCACAAGUAGUUGAGGUUGACAUUCUAAAUGGGGUGAAGAUGGAAUGAGUGAGUUUGUCCUUUUUGAGAAGGUCUAUUGUUGAUUCAUUCUGAUGCAUAUCUUGGUGUACCAAUAGUGCCAAGCUGUCUGCUGAAACCAAAACCUACUGCCAAAAGGAUCAGCAUCAGCUGUUAUUUCUGGAGAAGAGCACGUGUUUUGGUAUGUUGACUCCAGCACCUGAAUGUGUGAGAAAAUGCCAUCAUUACCUGUUCUUCUCCACCUCUGGAAGUGCAAUGAUAAAUAGACUUGGAGGGAGGUGUAUUGUGCUUACAUGCUUCAGACCAUAUCUCCUCAUGACAUUUGAAGUUAGCCUGUGUCUUGGCAUUGCCCUAUGCAGCCCUGCAGUCUGUAGUGAGUGUGACCAAAGCUCCAGAUGGGCAGAUCACUUACUGAAGCAGCAAGAGACCUGUAUACCUCAGGUCACUGCAGAGAGGGCAGUCUGUGGACUUGAACUGUGAUUCCUCUUAAUUACAAAAUGAUACCACUCCACUAUUUAGGAUGUGAGUAAUUAAAGGCUGCUUCCCUCUAGACAUAAUCAGUUCCUGUUUUUCACAGGAGAACAAAAUCAUGUGGCGCAAGAGUGCUCUGACAACUGGAUUUGUCAUCACUUAGAACCACAUUUUGACUAUUUUGUACGUACAUGGGAAUCCCUUUUUAGCAAACCAGGCAACUGCAGUCUGAAGGAUUAUAACUUCAUUCUGUUAGCACAACAUUUCUUGGAAACACAAUGAG